AUGGAUGAGUUUGUGCCGGAGAGGACAGCCGCGUAUAUCAGCCAGCAUGACCUUCACAUCGGAGAGAUGACUGUCAGAGAGACGCUUGAAUUCUCUGCACGUUGUCAAGGUGUUGGCACUCGCUUCGCUUGUUCAAUGCGAGGACAGGAAGCUAAUGUGAUCUGUGACUAUAUUUUGAAGAUAUUAGGAUUAGAAAUAUGUGCUGACACGAUGGUGGGAGAUGAGAUGUUGAGGGGCAUCUCUGGUGGACAACGGAAGCGUGUCACAACAGGCGAGAUGCUUGUUGGUCCAGCCAAUGCACUGUUCAUGGAUGAAAUUUCGACUGGGCUUGACAGCUCCACUACGUACCAGAUCAUUAAGUCGCUUAGACAGGCAAUCCACAUCCUUGGUGGCACAGCUCUCAUCUCCUUGCUACAGCCUGCGCCCGAGACAUAUGAUCUUUUUGACGACAUCAUACUGCUCUCGGAUGGGCAGAUUGUGUGUAUCAGGGCUCCCGAGAAAGCGUGCUCGAAUUCUUCUCGUCUCUUGGGUUCAAGUAUCCUGAGAGGAAGGGUGUGGCUGACUUUUUGCAAGAAGAAAGAUCAGAAGCAAUACUGGGUACGGCAUGACAAGCCGUACCGAUACGUGUCGGUUAAGGAUUUUGCAUCCGCAUUCCAGUCUUUCCAUGUUGGGAGAGCUGUAGCAAAUGAGCUAGCCGUUCCUUUCGACAAGAGCAAAAACCAUCCCGCUGCUCUGACCACCUCAAGGUAUGGUGUUAGUGGCUGGGAGCUGUUGAAAGCAAACAUCGACCGAGAAAUCUUGCUUAUGAAGAGGAAUUCCUUCGUCUACAUCUUCAGAACUUUGCAGAUGCACCGUGACUCGGUGACUGAUGGUGGUAUCUACUUGGGUGCGCUCUUCUUUGCGGUGAUCACGAUCAUGUUCAAUGGAUUUUCCGAGAUUGCACUCACCGUCAUUAAGCUGCCAGUGUUCUUCAAGCAGAGAGAUCUCUUCUUUCCAGCAUGGGCCUACACCAUACCCACAUGGAUCCUCAAGAUCCCAAUCUCUUUUGUUGAGGUUGGUGGGUUUGUUUUCAUGGCGUACUAUGUCAUCGUGUUUGACCCAAAUGUAGGCAGGCCUUCACUUGCCAUCCCAGCUUUGUGGAAUACAAGGUUCUUCAAGCAGUAUCUCCUUUUGUUAGCACUCAACCAGAUGGCAGCAUCACUCUUCCGAUUUGUUGGUGGGGCAGCAAGGAAUAUGAUUGUUGCAAACGUCUUUGGAUCAUUCAUCCUGCUAAUCUUUUUGGUGUUGGGUGGAUUUAUUCUAGUAAGAGAUAAAGUGAAGAAGUGGUGGAUAUGGGGCUACUGGAUCUCCCCACUGAUGUAUGCCCAGAAUGCCAUCUCAGUAAAUGAGAUGCUAGGGCACAGUUGGGACAAAAUUUUGAAUAGCUCUGCGUCCAAUGAAACCCUAGGUGUGCAAUCCCUGAAGUCCCGUGGAAUCUUCCCAGAAGCAAAGUAG